AUGGCUACUAGAACCCAAUUCGAAAACUCUAACGAGGUUGGUGUCUUCUCCUUGUUGACCAACGCCUACUGUAUCGUUGCCGUCGGUGGCUCCGAAAACUUUUACUCCGUUUUUGAGGCUGAAUUAGGUGACGUUAUUCCGAUCAUUCACACCACCAUCGCCGGUACCCGUAUCGUGGGCCGUAUGUGUGUUGGUAACCGUCGUGGUUUGUUGGUCCCAGCCCAGACCUCUGAUCAAGAAUUGAUGCACUUGAGAAACUGCUUGCCGGACUCUGUCAGAAUCCAAAGAGUCGAAGAGAGACUUUCCGCUUUGGGCAACGUCAUCUGCUGCAACGAUUACGUGGCUCUUGUCCACCCAGAUAUCGAGAGAGAGACUGAGGAGUUGAUCGCCGACGUCUUGGGGGUCGAAGUGUUCCGUUCCACCGUGUCCGGUAACGUUCUCGUUGGUUCUUACUGUUCCUUGUCUAACCAGGGUGGUUUAGUCCACCCACAGACCUCCGUCCAGGACCAAGAAGAACUCUCUUCCUUGUUGCAAGUCCCAAUCGUCGCCGGUACCGUUAACAGAGGUUCCUCCGUCGUUGGUGCCGGUAUGGUUGUCAACGAUUGGUUGGCCGUUGCCGGUUUAGACACCACCGCCCCAGAACUUUCCGUUCUUGAAUCCAUCUUCCGUCUCCAGGACUCCAACCCAGAAGCCAUCUCUGGUAACUUGCGUGACACCCUUAUCGAAACCUACUCUUAG